CACGUGCAUGUGUGAGCACUCGUGUGUGCGUGCACAGCGGUGGAUAAGACGUGUGUUGCGUCGCAGGAGGUGUCAGGCUCUCAGAGCCCGGCUGCCAGAUGCUCCGUCCCUGCGCCUCAGAGCUGCUGAACAUCGUCUCUCAUGGUUGUACUCAGAGUUUCUCUCAGCGCACGAUGCGGCUUAUCACCGUUUCAACUUUGCUCCUGUUCUUCUCCGGCUCAGGGCUGGCUCUGCAGAUUCAGUGCUACCAAUGUGAGGAGAUGACACACGACUGCUCCACCCCAGAAUUCAUCGUCAACUGCACCGUGAACGUGCAGGACAUGUGCCAGAAGGAGGUUCUGGUGAAGGAUGAUGGGAUACACUACCGUAAGUCCUGCGCCUCAUCUGGAGCUUGUCUGAUUGCUUCCUCUGGCUACCAGCAGUUCUGCACCGGCAAGCUCAACUCAGUGUGCAUCACCUGCUGCAACACACCGCUGUGUAAUGGACCACGCCAGAAGAAGCGACCCCAACCGUCCGCUGCCAUCACUCUGACCACACCACUGCUCCCUGUAUUUUCUGUCUACAUCCUCCUACUGUCCCUCACCCUCUGCUGACAGACCUUCACAUGGGGCAUGGAGAAACAAAGCUGCUGCUGACAGUACAGAAGACACGAACCAGAACUGAGAUGUACACACUUUGAAAUGUAUAUUCUACGAGGCAUGUGGAAGCUUUGUAUAAUAUUUGUGUUCUUUCUUCCCCUGCUUUUUGUCGCAGCUUGCCUUCAGAGUUCAAACACCAUACAGCACUGGGGAUUUUUAUCCUCAUGCUCGCAGCUUACAAGUGGAGUUGGGUUAGCUGAGGAGGAAAUGCACAGUGCUGUGGAUCACAGGGCCUGGAGCUAUUUAUCAGACAGUAGGUGGCUUAUGCACAUUUGUCUUUUUUACACUGCAAGGUCAAAUAAGAUAUAUUGCAGGAAAGAUAAGCAAGUUAAGAUUCAUCACUCAUUCUCCAUUCGAUCUCCAGAAUAAACUCCAUGAUUUAUUCUCCACGGAAACCAUUAACUAUCACCAAGCUGGCAGCAUAUGUAUGAACUGAGUAUGAUAUGUGCAGCCAUGAUAUUAAAUGAUUUGGAGGAAAGAAUCUGCAGACAUGACAAAAUGACUUGAUGAAUAAAUAAUGUAUGUGUCUGUGAUGAUAGCACCUCACACACCCGCAUAAUUCCAUGACAAAUUCAUACUGUAACAGUCAGUAACAUCAGUGAAAGCCAUUCAAAAGUUCAGUUGUAUUUUGAAACUUCUCUCUGCUAGUUCUAACAAUAACAUUCUGCACACACGUUCUGUACAUAGAGCUACAAGAGCAUGCUGAAAUACAGAAAUCUGUUUCAAACUAACCACAUGGUCUUGGCAUCGCUUAUUUCUGAAAUCAC